UCUUGUUUUGGUUGUCGAGGUGAGCGGUCGUGCGCGCGGUCGUGUGUGUGUGUGUGUGUUUUCCUUUAUAUUUCUUAAUAAUAAUUAUAAAUUGUGUGUGCUCUGCUCUUUACCACCACCACCCAUGUGCAAAUAUCAAAAUAUUGAAUUUAAAAAGAUUGAUCCGUGACUUAAAACUGAAAGUGAAAAAUGAAGCAGUGACCAGCAGCAACAGCAGCAGCAGUCGUCGCAGAAGGAUAGCAGCAGCAGCAGCAGCAGCAACCAACCAACGAAGAGAGCAAAAUUGAAGUUGAGAGAGAGAAAAAGAGGAGAUCAAGAUGACGGACUUUGUGGAGCUGCUCAAUAGCAUGUCGACAACGUUUAAUAGUGACUGUGCCACCACAACAGCCGAGGGCGGGACACUCCUUAAUUUGGAUUUGGCCGAAGAUAAGACGCUAAAAUGGCGCAAUUUGGCCAAUAAUCAAUUUGCCUGCAAGGAUAAGGAGAAGAAGCAGCAGCCGCCGACGACGACUCAGACAACUAGCAAAGGGUCAGAUGCAAUAAUUGACAAAAAUGAAGAUCCAGCAUCAUUAGAAGCUGCAGAGCAGUCAACGCCAGCAGUGACGGAGCAGUCAGACGUAACAUCAGAGAAGGUAUCCUCUGAACUGCUUGAGGAAGAGAUUGAGGAUAAUGUCAAGGAAUUGUUAGCGGAUGUAAUUGAUGCAGCUGCAGUUAAAGUGGAAGAAGAAGAAAAAGCUGCAGCUGUCGCUGCUACUGCCAAAAUAGCAACAGAAAGCGAAGAAGGAGCAAAAGCGGCAGCGACGACGACGGCAUCCAUCGCAGAGUUAGCAGACCCCCCCAAAACUUCGUUUAACGAAGCAAAACAACCAGCAACCGAAGUGCCAGCCGAUGGUAAUGACAACGCUCCGACGGCCACAACAAAUACACCAAAUGAGGUGACAGCAGCCGCUGUUGACGCUGACGUUGACGUUGACGUCGAUGCCAAUGCUACUGCCUCUGCCUCCGUGGAAAUCAAAAUUGAGGAAACAUCGAGAAACGCUGCCUCAGUCGACAGCAAUGACGACAGGAUCAAGACUGAGACGGAGACACAAACAAAACAAGUGACAAACAACCAAGAUAAUGAGGAUGAAGAAGAAGAAGAAUCGAAAAGCAGCGCAGCAGCAGAACUAGAACUGACCACAGCAACCAAAGCAACAGUAAAAGUUAAAUCUGCAUCCCCAACAACAACAACAAAUUCUCAGCUGCAAUCAACAGCAGCAGCAGCUGCCGUAGCAGAGAUACCAACAGAAGCAGCUUUAGUUUUGGCUCCACUUGUUGUCAAUUCUGCCAACGAUAGCGUCGACGUCGAUGUCGAUGUCGAUGUUGAGGCUGACGCAACAACUACGAUUUUGACAGGCAAUUCUGCAGCAGCAGCUGAACCAACGCCAGCAGCAACAGCAGCCGUGAAUGCUGAUAAAAAUGAACAAAUUUCACCUGGCAGCAAUACGCGUCGUUUGCGACGCACUCCAAGGCCCACAGAUACACCAACAACCACACCCACACCCUUGGAAGAGCCACAAGUUGAUGGUGGUGAUAUUAGAACGGAAGUGAGGCCAGCCAAGGAGGAGGAGGAAAUCGAAUCACCCAUCGAGAGCAACGAGCUGAAUGAAGUUAAAAAAGAGCCCGAAAAAUGUUUAGCAAGUGUCGAUGGAAUCGGCAUUGGAGAUGAUGUUGAUGCAGCAGCCACUGUCUCUUCUACUUCCUCUACCACCCCAACGGAGCCACCAGUUGUGGCAACUGUUGUUGCACCACCACCACCACCAAAACGUGGUCGUGGACGAGCCAAAAAGAUCAAACUCGAUGUAGAACUGCCAACAAAUGAGCUGAUUGAUGGUGAAAAUGCAUACGGAGAUGAGACAAUGGCCACCGCCAUAUCGCCUACAGUUGUCGUUGAGCGUAAACAACCCGGACGUAAGCGUAAACUGCCCGAGGAGCAACAGGAAGCGGCAUUGAUUGCCAGCGAAUUGGCCACAUUAGUGGUUAAGACGGAAAACCAAGAGCUUGAGGUCAGCGAAAUAGCACCCAGUGGUAGUGGUGUCGAUCCGAAGCGAACGAGACGCAGUGUUCGUUUGGGCAAUAGACAUCCGGCUGAUCCUAUAGUCAAUGCCACCUGGAGUGAAGAGGUGAAAACGGAACCAUCUGUUGGUGGGACGUCUGGCGCUGAUUUGGUCACCACGUUAAGUGAGCUACCAAUGCCCGUGCUGGACGAGAAGACGCCGCCCAAGAAACGCGGUCGUAAAGCCAAAAUACCACCAACAGUCAAACCAAACGAAUCCCAGUUAGCUUCAACCACCACCAAUCAUCACUCUGGUCAGCCACUCACAAAUGGUAAUAAGCGAAGCACACCAACCACCACUAACGCCAACGCCACCGCCACCACCACAACGACAUCAUCAUCAUCCUCAAACGUUGCUGGCCUCGGCGGAAGCGGUGAAUUGCAAUUGCCAAAACGUUCGAAGCGUCGCAUCAAGCCCACACCAAAAAUUCUAGAAAACGAUGAACUACGCUGUGAGUUUGAAACAAAACAUAUUGAACGCAUGACCCACUGGGAGACAGCCGGAGCCGAUAGUGAUUCACAUUUCGAGACACCACAGCAAUCGUUUAGUGGUGGUGGCGGUGGUGGAGCUGGUUCAAACUCAUCCACUUCGCGGCAAAAGAGCGAGAAAUCAGAUGGCAGUGGAUUUGAUGUUGGCGGUCAGCAUCCAGCUGGGACAAGUGCCAUUAAGAAGCGUCUCUUUUCCAAAUCUCAACGGGAUAUUGAGAAUUCUGGUGCAGCUUUGGUGGCCAAAAGUAAAGUCAAACCCUGCCCCAAUGUUGACAAAUUUCUUAGCGAUAUUAAGGCGGCCAAAUUGAAUGCCAAUCGAUCGCCAGAGGAACGUAAACUUAACAAAAAGCAAUUACGUAAACUGGCCAAGCAAAAGGAGAAGCAUCUAAAGCAUUUGGGCUUAAGACGCAAUAAUAGCGAAGAUGCCAGCGAUGAUGAUAGCUCCAAUACGGAUAACGAGGAAUUUGUUCCCGCCACUCCGGUGCAGGUGGGCAAACCCAGUUUAACUCUACGACUGCGCAAUGCUGCGCCCAAGGAGCAGCAAGUGCCCACCACCUCAGCAGCGGCUGCCGCAACUGCCUCUCAAAAAGCCCAACAUCCUUCAGCAAAUUCAGUUAAACUAAAUCGUCGUGUUGGCGUUCGUACUGGAGUCCAAUCAGCAGCAGCAGCAGCAGCAGCAGCGGCCAUGCAAUCUCCAUUAGAACCAGAUCAACUUCAUUCGCUAAAUAGUUCAAUUUUGGCUGCUGCCGAACUAAACGAUACGGAUGCCAUUCCCACCACCUCCAACUCCUCCAUAAAGGUGAAGUCAUCAAAGUUUAUUUGCUUGUGCCAGAAGAGCUCCCAAUACUAUGCCCGCAAUGCCCCUGAUUCUUCUUAUUGCUGUGCCAUCGACAACAUUGAUGAGCAGAAAAUUGGCUGCUGCAAUGAACUGUCCGCCGAGGUCCAUAAUCUCUUGCGUCCCAGUCAACGUGUCGGCUAUAUGAUACUCUGCGAUGAUCACAAAAAGCGUCUACAAUCGCACAAUUGCUGUGCUGGAUGUGGAAUCUUUUGUACACAGGGCAAAUUUGUACUCUGCAAGCAGCAACACUUUUUCCAUCCGGACUGUGCCCAAAGAUUCAUUUUGAACAGUCCCUUUGAGGGUCAACAGCUGCUCCAGAGCAAUAAUAGUAACAAAUUCCAUAGUCCAAUGUUGGUACUAAAGUGUCCCCAUUGCGGUUUGGAUACCCCUGAACGUACUUCAACUGUCACCAUGAAAUGCCAAACAUUGCCCGUUUUCCUGCCCACCCAAAAGUCCAAAAUAAAACCUGCCAAAUUGACCACCUCAGCGCAUUUGGCACAGUUUGCAGCUGGUAGAAGUAAUAGUACAGUGACUGCCAGCAAAUCAUCUACCACUGGACGUGGUAGACCAGCAUCGUCAGCCAACGCCAGCAACACAAACGCCACUUCUACAUCGGCUGGAGCAGCAGCAGGAGCUGGAGCCACAGGCAAGAGCAAUGGUAUAAGAGGAGGAAAAGCAACAGCAACAACAGCAGCAGUCAAUGCGACCAGCAACUCUCAUAAUAGUGGGGCUGCUGGUGGUCAUACAAUCACGUUUGAACAACUGAUACCCGAUUCAGUGUUGAAUGUGGUGCUGCGUGGUCAUGUGGUAUCGGCCAGUGGUCGUGUUACCACCGAAUUUACCUCACGCGACAUGUACUAUGCCGUACAGAACGAUGAUCUUGAGCGUGUGGCUGAGAUAUUGGCUGCCGAUUAUAAUGUGCUAGCGCCAAUGCGUGAAUAUCCUGGUACCUGUCUACAUUUAGUUGCCCAUUCGGGAACCCUACAAAUGGCCUAUCUGCUGCUAUGCAAGGGGGCCAGUUCACAGGAUUUUGUCAAUGUGGUGGACAGUGAAUUGCGUACGGCUCUUAUGUGUGCCGUGAUGAAUGAAAAAUGCGAUAUGCUUAAUCUAUUCCUGCAAUGUGGAGCCGAUGUGGCCAUCAAAGGUCCAGAUGGUAAAACUAGUCUGCAUAUUGCUGCCAAAAUGGGCAAUGUUGAGGCCACUCAAUUGAUUGUGGAUAGCUAUCGGGCUUCGCGUAAUAUAAGUAACUUUUUAAGUUUCAUAGAUGCCCAAGAUGAGGGCGGCUGGACGGCUAUGGUUUGGGCAGCCGAACUCGGUCAUACCGAUAUUGUUAGUUUACUACUCAACCAUGGAGCCGAUCCCAAUAUAUGUGACAAUGAUAACAAUACCGUGCUACAUUGGUCCGCUUUGCACAAUGAUGGACUGGAGACCAUAACAGUGCUCCUACAAGCUGGUGCCGAUUGCAAUGUCCAGAAUGUGGAGGGUGAUACUCCACUUCACAUUGCCUGUCGACAUUCGGUAACCCGCAUGUGCAUUGCCCUUAUUGCCAAUGGAGCCGAUCUAAUGAUUAAGAAUAAAGCCGAGCAAUUACCCUUCGAUUGUAUACCCAAUGAGGAAUCGGAAUGCGGACGAACUGUCGGUUUUAAUAUGCAAAUGCGUAGUUUUCGUCCUCUUGGACUGCGGACACGUGUCGUCUGUGCAGAUGCAUCGAAUGGUCGGGAAGCCCGACCCAUUCAGGCAGUACGCAAUGAGCUUACCAUGUCCGAGCAUGAGGAUGAGGCAGAUACUCUAAUGUGGCCGGAUUUUAAGUAUAUUACCAAUUGCAUUAUAUUGCAAAAUUCUGUGCAAAUCGAUAGACGUGUGUCCCAGAUGCGCAUCUGCUCGUGUCUCGAUAGCUGUAGCAGUGAUCUUUGCCAAUGCAAUGGAGCCUCCUCGCAGAAUUGGUAUACGGCCGAAAGUCGUUUGAUUUCCGACUUUAAUUACGAUGAUCCAGCUGUCAUAUUCGAGUGCAAUGAUGUUUGUGGUUGCAAUCAGUUAUCCUGCAGAAAUCGUGUUGUCCAGAACGGCACACGCAUUCCGUUGCAAAUUGUUGAAUGCGAAGAUCCCGCCAAGGGCUGGGGUGUACGUGCUCUGGCCAAUGUACCCAAAGGCACAUUUGUGGCCAGUUAUACGGGUGAGAUACUAACUGCCCCGGAGGCAGAUAGACGCACUGAUGAUAGCUAUUACUUUGAUCUGGAUAAUGGGCAUUGCAUCGAUGCCAAUUAUUAUGGCAAUGUGACACGAUUCUUUAAUCAUUCGUGUGAACCGAAUGUCCUGGCCGUACGUGUGUUUUACGAACAUCAGGAUUAUCGUUUUCCUAAAAUUGCAUUUUUUGCCUGUCGCGACAUCGAUUCGGGCGAGGAAAUCUGUUAUGACUAUGGCGAAAAGUUUUGGCGCAAUGAACAGCGCGCCAACAACGGUUGCAAGUGCCUCACGUCCGUGUGUAAAUAUGCCGGAAGACUGGCAGCAACAAGCACAAAUCCAUCGCCAAUGGAUAGGGAGGGAUUUGAUGGGGGGGAUUUGUUAGUAUCAUCAGCUCCUCCAGACGAAGAUUUCGAUGUGAAGGCGUAGGAACUAUCAAGAAGAGGAGUUAUCCAUAUGUAAAGAAACCACCCACCAAGGACCACAGGACAUAGGACAAGGGGAGAUAACUAGAGGAAAGAGAAGGUAGAUGGAGAGAGAGAGACAGGCAAUCGACAUCGACUCUCUUGGCCAAGCCAAGUUGCCAAUUAAACAUCACAUAUAUACAUAUAACAAAAAGAUCGCCAUAUUGUUCAUAUGCAUGCAUCUAUAUACAUAUAUGUAUGUAUAUAUAUCGAAAUCAAAGCCAAUAACAACAAACAUUGUUUGUUUAAUUGGCCGUCUUCGACUGCCAAAUGUUCAUGUUUAUUUAAUUUUAACAAAACAAAAUUAUUGUUUAUU